AUGAUUAGAAUAAUCUCCCUCGCCUGCAUCGUUGCCUGCGUUUAUGCGGAUUAUUACCCAAAGAUUGGGGACUACUAUCCCAAGAGUUACGGAUUUGGUCCAUAUGGUAACUUUGGAGGUGUGAACAGUGGACUCGUUGGCUUUGGGGGUAUAAACAGUGGACUGGGAGGAUACUAUCCCGGUUUGGUUGGUAUUGGAGGUGGAUCUGCUGCUGCUGGUUCAGCUGCCGCCGGAGGUGCUGCUGCCGCCGCUGCUGCUGUCGCUGCCGGACAAAAUGCUGCCGCCUCCUCUGCUGCUGCCGCAGGAAACGGUGCUGCUGCCGCUGCUGCUACUGCUGCAAGUGGACUGAAUGUUGCCCCAUACUAUACCUAUCCUGGGUAUUAUUACCAGGGACAACAAUACUACAACCUCCCCGGCUACUACUUUAAUCAGUUUCCCGGAAACUACUUCCAAUACCCUUCAUUUGGUGUUGGAGGUGGGUCUGCUGCUGCUGCUAGUGCUGCCGCCGCUGGUCAGGCUGCCGCUGCUUCUUCUGCCGCCGCCAGUCAGGGAUUUAAUGGAUUCAAUAAUGGCGUCAUUCUUGGAAGACCUGGAGGUUUUCUCGGCAGAAGACCAAGGAAGAAUCUCCACACACAGACUAAAUGA